UGCAGUGCUCUGUACAGCGGUGCAUGUAGCGCCAUCCGUUGAUACUUCGAUUGCGAUGACGCUGUACUUUGGGAACAGCGAUGGCAGAAAGGAGACGUGCUUGCCGCCGACCCUGCCUGGAAUGCGCAGAAGUUGCUCGGAAUGUGGACGGAAAAAGAAGAGCUGUGAUGGUCGACGACCUUGUGGGCGCUGCGUGCGGACAGGCAGCAAUUGCACGUAUAGCAAACGCCGGUGGCAUCUCCCUCAACCACACGGUCAACAACAUCAGCCUCGGCCAUCUAGGCGUGACCGCACGCACCGUAAAGAGGUCCUGCUCCAAUCCUCACCACCUGAGGCGCUGGUGUCAUCCGCUAGGUUGCCACUAAAGAGGCUCAGGUUGAGUGCAUCUCCGGCGGUUGGGCUCGUGGGAAUGCAGGAGAGCGCCUUCCUGAGCGACUUCUUCGGCUGCGUUGGGUUUCUCCCACUUACCACCCGGAGUACCAUUCGCGAGGCUAUGGUGCAAAUCAUGGCAACCCCGGCCACUCUACAGCGACCAGCCGUUGGGGGAGGCUGCGACGAAGAAGCGCUUUUCGACGCGAUCGCGCGAGGGGAGGACUUGAUCAACGCCUCGGAAGGGCAUCAGCAUCCUAUGAACCCGCGAUCUUGCACUUUCUGGUGUGCCAUUGCUCUGGGGGCGCUUGCGAAGGGCAGUCCUUUCGAAUCGGUGGCGAAGUACUCUCAACUAGCCCACGAAGCGCUGGCUAAGAGCAAGUCGGGUCCCGCAGACGCCGAGGUCGCGAAGGCAUGGGCAAUGCUGGCCUACCUACACGGCUUCAUGGGAGACUUGGAACGGCAUCAAGAGUACAAGGCGGUGUCGGAGUCAUUGUUUCGGAGUUCAAUCGAUCGCGGGUCUACCGAUAAUCUUCCUGUGGGCUUCGCCGAGGUUGUUAGCUUUACAGCAUUCGACGACCCUUGCGGCGGACAGCGGCAGAGGAAGUCGUCUAGCGCUGAAGAGCAAGGGAUGCCACAGUUGAACGAAGCUGUUACCGAGGCCCAAGAGCGGAGCACGACGACAGGCGAAAGCCCAUGCAAGGCCGAGCGUGAUGGCCGAUUGGAAGGAGCCCGUCCAUUCCAUGACGCUCUUCUGCCGAAGGAUAUUUCCACCGCUAUGGUCGCUGUGUUGGAAAGUGGGGGCUGUCCCAAUUUCGAGCCUCUUGAAAGAGCGGUAGAUCGGAACCUUGCAUUCACAAAGGCAGCAAAGGGCGACGUGCAUGCCACCCUGGAGAGAAUUGGCCGCUGCGUUGAGGUUUAUGAGCGAUAUCCUGGCGUGUGCCGCGAUACGAUGGGGGCGGACUGCGCUUUCAUGUUCCGUGGUACAACUUCGACAUCAUUCACCAUGUUUAGCCAUACUCCCAUCUCCAGUUCGUGUGGGAGCGGGGUUGGGUUGCUCGGCUGA